CUGCUUUCUGUCCAGGGCCUGAGCAGCUCGGCGCUCUCCAGGGACCAGGUGGAGCUCCUGGGGAACAUGGCCUGCACCCUGGAGGGACCCGUCAUCGAGGGCUCCGACUCGCUGAUCCUGGAGAAGCUCAAGACCUGCAGCGGCCUCUCAGAAGUCCAGUCUUAUCCCUCUCGACAGCUUCGACUGAGCCGUGGGGAGAAAGUACAGCGUCAGGAUCCUUCCACCUGGGAGAGGAAAACUCUGGAGGAGCUGGAGAACCUUCCUCUCUACUUCACCAGAGACAUCUGGGACAAAAUCAGUUUUUCAGUUAAGAAAAGGUUCCUCAAGAGAUUCAUGCCCAGGCUGAGGAAGAAGAAGACGCAGAAGAAGAAACUGAAGGCGCUGUUUAAAACGAUGAGGCCCACGAGGAGCAAGCGGGGAGCAGGCUGCACCGUGGGCAACAUCACCCAGCUGACGGUGAACGACGACUCCUUCCCCUUCGGCUACGACGCCGCGCAGUUCGACCUCUGCCUGGACCUCCCCGUUCUGCGAGACAACCUCGACUCCAUCUGCGAGAAGGUGGACGACGACGACCUCCAGAGAGUCGCUUUCCCAUCAGGGGUUUCUGAUCAGGAAGUCCAGAUGCUCGGCUCUGUGUCCCGCGUGGCGUCUCUGGACGACAUCUCCAAGUGGAACGUCACUCAGAUCGACACCCUGGCAGCUCUCAUGAAAACCGAAGAUGGGACCUGGGAUUCGGCUCAGAGCAAGGAAAUCAUCACCAAGUACCUGAACAGCUCCGGGAGCUCCCUGGGAAGCACGGAGCUGAACAUCAUUGACUCCAACCUUUGCUCUCUGGACACCAGCACGCUGAGGACCAUCAGCUCAGAUAGCAUCAGAAACGCCAACCCUCUGAAUGUGGGGUCGUGUUCCACUGAGCAGAAGAAAAUCUUCUAUGAGAUCGCCAACACCUCCUUCAGCGACCAGCGGGGCAAUCCCACCAGCUUCUACAACCUAAUGUCGCCUUAUCUGGGUAACCUAAGAACCUAG